AUGAUACGAGUGGUGGAGCUCACCAUCGAAGAUAUGAGUAGAUGGUACGAGGCCGAGGGCCUGAGCCUCGCCCACCACAAGACGGAGGCAAUACUCCUCACGGGUAGGAAGGUGGCUGGGGGCCUCACAUUCAAAUGUGGUGGGGCGGACAUAAAAACGGCCCGUGCUGCCCGAUACUUGGGUCUGAUUGUGGAAAUGAAUCGGGGUUUCAGGGUGCACGUUGAAACGGCCUGUAGCAAAGCCCUAAAAUACGCGAACACGCUGGCGUGGCUUAUGCCCAAUCUGGGUGGGGCCGGAAAUCUUGCCCGACGGCUCUACUACAAAGUAGUAGAGUCGGUAAUCCUGUACGCGGCACCGCUAUGGGCCUCCGGACUUGAGGUGAGGCUAAAUGUGCAACUACUCACCAGCACGCAACGGACCGCCCUUCUUAGGGUCGCACAGGCCUAUAGGACCGCCUCUGCGGACGCCCUCUGCGUUAUAACUGGACAGGUCCCUAUUGACCUCCUCGUUAGGGAGAGGGAACGUAUUUUUUAUAAGCGGAGAGAGGCGGGUCUACUCACAGUGGAGGGAGUGGCAUCCAUCAAGAAGGAGGCUAGGGCGGCCACAUUGGAGGCGUGGCAAAGCAGAUGGGCGGCUUCAAACAAGGGAAGGUGGACUUUUGCACUUAUCCCCCGCAUCACAGACUGGAUAAGGUGGGGGCCGAGGCACCUGAAUUUCCACAUAACGCAAGUGAUGACGGGCCAUGGAUGUUUUGGCACCUAUUUGCAAAAAAUAAGAAGACAAAAUCACUCGGAGUGCUGGUUCUGCCCGGGCAUGAGCGACAGUCCAGAGCACUUUCUCUUCCACUGUAAGAGGUGGGGGGUGGAGAGAACAUCCCUUCAUGCAGAACUGGGCGUGUCGCUAAAAGCGGACAACUUCAUUGACCUGUUGAGGAAUAAUACAAGGAGAGAUCGAGUGACAGAAUUUGUGGUUAAUGCAAUGAAGGAGAAGGAAGCACACGAGAGGACCCUGGAAAGAGAGGAGAGAGAAGCGAGAGAGGGAGGAAGAAGCUCCAUUAACACAGGAACAUAG